AUGGGAUCGUCUACAUCUUUGCUUGUCAUCAAUACUGCAUCUGGUGUCUUGGGUAUCCUCGGCAAUGGUCUGGUGAGUCUGGUCAUCAUCUUCGAACGGUCUAUGCACACAAACACCAACGCCUUGAUCCUACACCAAGCAACCAUAGACUUUCUGGGAUCAGUCUUCAUCCUCCUGCAAGCUUACAUCCCUCAAGUCUUGCAACCACUCCCAGGAGGUGCACCAGGAGUACUCCUAUGUUACUUCUGGAACUCUCGCUACUUCCAACUGACUUUCUUCGUUGCGUCAACCUACAGCCUCAUAGCGGUGACUUUUGAAAGAUACUUUGCAAUCGUUCACCCGUUUCGCUAUGAGCGAUACUUCAAUAACAGAAGAGCCAUUGUGUUAACCAUAGCUGGCUCCUGGUUCGUGGUUCUGAGUAUACGAUCUUACGUUUUCGUCCAGUGGUCUGUGGUGGAUGGUGACACUUGCCACCAGAGUGGUAUAGGUGCGUAUGUUGGUGUCGUCAUCUUCUUGAUGCAGUAUGCCAUACCUCUGGCAUUGAUGUCUUACAUGUACUUCAGAAUUGCUUGGGAGUUAUCAAAGAGCGCUAAGCGGGUGGUACCUACUGUGUCUGAUCGAGACCCUCACAAUCGUAACAGGGGAGGUGAGUCGCUGUUACGGGCAAGACGUAACACUUUUAAAGCUCUACUCAUUGUGUUUUUCACAUUCGUGAUCUGUUGGUCUCUGAACCAGAUCCUGUUUCUGAGACACAACGCAGGGCUGCAGAGAAUAGACUUUUCUAGCAAUGUAUAUAUCAUAUCGGUUGGGUUAAUAGCCACCAAUGCCUGCAUCAAUCCAUUCAUUUAUGCCAUCAAGUACAAGAAGUUUAAGAGUGCGUUGCGUCGGUUGUUCUACCGUGUAACGCGGCAGGAGGACCGCAUGAAUUACUCGGACGACUACCCGAACACGGAGCGGACACCAAACACCCACUAG